UGGGUUAAUGGAUCUUCACUAUUGGGCUUUAUUGGGCCUUACUAAAAUCAAACCUGAUAUUCGAUGUCAAACGCCGCUGUUGCACAAUUAAGUCUUAUGUUUCGGACUCAGGUUCUCCUUCCUUUGUUUUGGCUUACGAGAUGGCUAAGAGAUUCACAGCACAGCUCCUCGUUAGCAGACUCGCUGCUUACACAACUGAUCAAUCACUAAGGCAACUGUUUUCACCUUUUGGUCAGAUUACAGAAGCUCGUCUUAUUAGGGACCAGCUAACACAGAGACCUAAAGGUUUUGGCUUCGUCACUUUUAAGUCUGAGGAUGAUGCACAAAAGGCGUUACAAGCUUUGAAUGGGAAGAUUGUUAAUGGCAGAUUAAUAUUUGUGGAAACUGCAAAGAAAGUAGAAGCACCAACAACAAAUACGAAGAGUAACCAGGCUUGAAGAGGACACACACAAACACA